CGGCGACGCGAUCGCGACGCGCGAGACGCGCGCCGACCGACGGCCGCGGACGUCGAUCGAACGAACGCGUCGCGCGCGCGUCCGACGCUCGAACGACGCCGCGCGAGCGCCAUGCGCGCGCACCUGCGCGAUCUCGCGCGACGAUCGGCCGCGAUCGCGUCGCGCGCGUCCGGCGAUAAAACCUCGACGCUCGCGGCGCUCGGCGCGGCGGCGUGCGGGAUGACGGCGGCGGUGGCGGUCGCGGACGAGGCCGAGCACGGGCUGGCGCUGCCGCGGUACGAGUGGCCGCACGAUGGGUUGUUCUCGAGCUACGACCACGCGAGCGUGCGACGAGGGCAUCAGGUGUACACGCAGGUGUGCGCGGCGUGUCACUCGUUGAAUCAGAUUGCGUACAGAAAUUUGGUCGGCGUGGCGUACACGGAGGCGGAAGCGAAGGCGCUGGCGGAGGAAGUCGAGGUGAGGGACGGGCCGGACGAUACGGGGGAGAUGUUCGAUAGACCGGGGAAGCUGAGCGACGGGAUACCGGCGCCGUACGCGAACGAGGAGGGGGCGCGAUUCGCGAAUAACGGCGCGUAUCCGCCGGAUUUAUCGCUGAUGACGAAGGCGAGACACGAUGGGAUCAAUUAUGUGUUCGCGCUGUUGCUCGGGUAUCGGGAACCGCCGGCGGGGGUGGAGGUGCCGGGGGGGAUGUAUUACAAUCCGUACUUUCCCGGGGGGUUCAUCGCGAUGCCGAAGAUGUUAGUCGACGGGGGGGUGGAGUACGAUGAUGGGACGCCCGCGACGGAGACGCAGAUGGCGAAAGAUGUGACGACGUUUUUGGCCUGGGCGGCGGAGCCGGAGAUGGACGAUCGUAAGCUCAUGGGGGCGAAGUGGAUCUUUGCCCUGUCGCUCGUCGCGGUGCAAGCGGUGUACUACAAGCGCUGGGCGUGGAGUCACUUGAAAUCGCGCAAGCUCGUCGUCGAUGUGGUGCGAUAACGCGCGAGCGGGCGAGCGCGAGUCUGAUUUCGUUACUUACGAGACGAUAAAACACAACGACAACUUCUUAAUUACUCGUCGACGUCAUCCGUCGGCUUUUGAAAUUUCACACAUGCGCGAAGCGCGCGCUAUCAAAUCUAAA